ACGGUCUGUGGAAGGCUCGUGUGAGUGACGACCAGAUGGACCCUACAGGGACGCUGAAGUUGUGUGCCGACAGCAUGGGAUAUGAUGGACCCUCAUAUUCCCUUGCUAAGCCACUAUGGCAUAGCUGCGAACUACGGUAUCAUCUGGAUGAUGUCCACGUGGCAGUAACUGAGAGCAGUCCGCAGUGUACUGUCAUGUCAGCAGAGUAUUGAUCCAUGACUGCUACCUGUACGAGGCUUGCUGGAGUCGUAUGUACCAAUGUAACAUGUAUUUGAGGGACGGUUCACCUGGUUGGAGGUGAUGAUGUAUCACAAGGGAGAGUGCUACUGCUAUAGAUGGAACCUGGUCUCUGUUUGCGCCAGUGACUGGGAUACCACAGGAG